UUAAAUUUAAAGGCCGUUUCUUUGCACGAGGUUUGAUGUUGAACUAAACCAGUAUAAGGUUCAUUAACUCUUUAUAAUCAAAACCCAUCGUCCCUGGUUCAAACUGAACUGCAAAUCUUGUCACUUAAUGUGGCUCCACUCAGGAAAAGUGGCCAGUGGAUGAAACCUUUAGUACGCUGCCAUACAAAUAAAAGAUAUUGAGCAGUAAUUCAUGUAAGAUGCUGCUUUUCGCCUUCUGCUGACGAAUUUGAAGCUGAAGUUAAUUGAGAUUUUUGACCGAAAGUGGAUUGACAACUAGUGACUACAUAUCGUGUUGUUAGGCAAGGCACUCGCCUCUCACAAUUUUUCUCUUUACUUAUAAGGGAGCAUAAGUUUUAUAGUAAAACCUGUCAACACGCUCGAGGGGAAACCAGCGAUCUCGAUAGACCCUUACCUAAUCCAGGUGGGGGAAGUGAUACUCCCAAUCUCCUUAUCAGGUACAGAAACGGAGAAAGUACUGGUUUGAUCUGGCAAAUUUCGCCCUAGUGCAGAAUUGUUUUCUCCUUAAUCUCGUGUCAUUAUGUCCUUACAGUUACGUGAGAGAUACUUUAUCGAGAGGACUCGUCGAAAAUGGUGGGAUGAACGUAGCCAGUGUCCAAAACCAUCACAGUCCAAAACAGGGAAAACACAGAGUCUUGAUGUCAAUAACAUGGCCGGAGUGUUCCUAGUUUUGUUGGGUGGUGUCAUUAUCUCCUUAAUCCUACUCGUUAUUGAAAUACGCUGCAAGAGGUUGGUUGUGUACUUCACAAGUAGCCAGAGUGCCCUUAAGCGACGGCUGAGUCGUAGUUGUGAGCCACGUGAACAGUCAAGCGUUCCCAAGGCGAUUCCGGUUCGAGUGGCUGUGGUGUUGUCCCAGGGAGACAAGGUGCUAAGACGAACUGAGGAAAAACCCACAUCAACCUCUUGGAAUAAGUUGUUUGGAAGAGGCUGAAGGUAGUUCAUUCCUUGCAUGGUGACGUCUUGUUGGGAAUGGGAGAGAUAUGUAAUGAUAACAUACUGCGGUGGGGAUUUGGUACGAGCAAAAGGGGUUGUACAUAUAAUACAGUCGAUUCUCCCCACAACUGCCACCUUGAGGAUAGGGGAAAGUGGCUGUUUUGAAGAGGUUGAAUUGGGGCUUUGUAUACCACUAUUCGUCAGUCUUUGACUAACAGGCCGUUGUCGAGAUGUUAUUUUGGCAGUUGGGACGCACUUGAGUGGUCCUUGCCACUUU